ACCUCACAAUCAAUUAACAGUUUAAAAAAAAAAAACAUAACUCGAACCAAUCUCACUUUGAAAAAGACAUGAACAAGAUCCGCCUCCGUGCUCUCUCUCCGCCUUCCGGAAUGCAACACCGCGGUAGGAGAUGUCGAUUGAGAGGGAGAAACUACGUAAGGCCAGAAGUUAAACAAAUUAACUUCUCAAAAGACGAAGACGACCUCAUCCUCAAGCUUCAUGCACUUCUUGGCAAUAGAUGGUCAUUGAUAGCGGGAAGAUUGCCUGGACGAACGGACAACGAAGUUAGGAUCCAUUGGGACACUUACUUAAAGCGGAAGCUCAUGAAAAUGGGAAUCGACCCAACCAAUCAUCGUCUCCACUAUCACACCAAAUACAUUUCGAGACGAUACCUCAAUUCCUCACAUAAGGAACAUGAAACAGAGAUUAUUAGUGAUCAGUCUUCUUCAGUAUCCGAAUCAUGUGGUAUAAGUACAAUUUUACCCAUUCCAAGUACGAAUUGCUCGGAGGAUAGUACUAGUACCGGACGAAGUCAUUUGCCUGACCUCAACAUCGCUCUCAUCCCGACCGUGACUUCUUUGCCAGCUCGUUGCCUUCAAGACUUUAGUGAAUCCUCUAACAAUGGUUCAACAGGUCAAGAAACGCUUCUUCUAUUCCAAUGAAAAUUGUUGUAUUAAUUUCUUUGUACACAUCUUGCUAAAUAAUGUUACAUUACAAAG